AUGAAGAGUGGCAAGUACAGCCUGGGCUACAAGACCACACUGAAGACAUUGAGGCAGGGUAAGUCCAAGCUGAUUCUCAUCUCCAACAAUUGCCCAGCUUUGCGCAAGAGCGAGAUCGAGUACUACGCCAUGCUGGCAAAGACUGGAGUUCACCACUUCCACGGCGACAACAAUGAGCUGGGCACUGCGUGCGGUCGAUAUUAUCGUUGGGUGCUUGGACCAAAGAAACCGACGGUUCACCCAUGGCUGGAGGGUUCAAGCAAAAGGAGCCUAAUAGCGAUGGCCUCCAACCCAAGAGCGACGGCCUCCACCCUAGUAGCGAUGGCCUCCAACCUAGAACGAAAUGCAUUUAAGGGUGGCUUCAAAUGCCUUUUUAGUAAUGUACCUAUAUAUAUAGAGAAUUUCUCAACAGACUGGCGUGGGCUCAUGCAAGAUUAA